UGUCAAGAUAUUUUUGACAAAAAUCACAGCUCCAGCUUUAAGAUGACGAACUUUAAUGGAAACUGGAAACUGCACAAAUCUGAAAAUUUUGAAGAUUUUCUCAAAUCCAUAGACGUGGGACUGUUGAAGAGACAAGCUGCUAAGAUGGUCAGCUCAGAACAUCACAUCGUGCAGGAUGGGGAUAAGAUGUCAGUCACUGUCGUAGCAACAGGUCAGAAAGGAAAACAACAAGAGUACAGCGUGGGAGGGUCCUUCAGCGAGCAGGAAGUAACAGGAGAUACAGCAGAGGUCAGUACAGAGUGGGACGGGGCGCGGAUCAAGGAGAUACACAACGCGGGGGACUUUACUUACACCCUUCUCAGAGAGCUGCAAGACGAGAAUACCAUGGUCCUGCACCUGGAAUCACCAAAGGGUACACAAGCUAAGAGAAUCUACAAAAAGAUGUAAAAGAAUUUCGUCAGAAUAUUCCAACAAUGACGAAAAUAUCACGUCGCUACAUUUUGUUUCAAAUCGGAACUUUAACAAUAAAGUGGGGCUAUAACCGAACUAUUGUUUUGGGUGUAUAGUAGUACUAGUGUUUAUGGUAUGAAAAUGACGACAUUUAGUAAUCUACUAAGUUAUGGUCGAAUAUGUAAAUGAUAUUGUUUCCAUGUACCAUUGUCAUAUAUUGAACCUAAAGAAUUAUGGUGAAGUGACAA